AGCGCUCUGGUUUUUGUGGGAUAAGUUGUGAUGGGGUUCAGGGAGGCAGUUUUGUUAGGGUUUGUGCUUCUCCUCUCACUUGGAAAUGUUUGUGCUGCCACACAAAACUGGUUAAACGUCAGCACCAAUGAGACUCUGAACCAGAUCUCACAAGAACAAGUGACAAGAAGCUUACAGCUGCCAAGAGCACAGCAGAUAACAAAUCAUUGGUCAAACCUGACGGAGCACAGUGAUCCCCUGGUCCGAUAUCUUGUCAGCUACCGGCUCAAGAUCUAUCAGCUCAGGAACCCAGCUGCUGAAAAGCAAACUUCUCAAAACCUACAGGGAUCGGGGGCCAGAAAGCCGACCUCAGAGCAGCUGGAGCCGAGGGAAACUGUCCAAGCUCAAGAGUUGUUAAAAUUGCCAGGUCAAGGCCCAGAUUUGAACCCAUCUCUCAAGCAGGAACCAAAGGUGCUGGUGAAGCAUGAGCAGUGGUUGCCUGUGCCAGCGGCCAGCGUGGCAGCGCACUGUGGCGAACGAGAGGUCACCGUAGAGGUCAAACAGAACUUCUUGGGAAAUGGUCAGUUGAUCCACCCGGGUGAUCUGACCUUAGGAGGCUGCGCUGUGCUAGACACCGCUGACCACAUCCUGCAGUUCCAGACGGAGUUACAGGGCUGCGGCAGCACGAUGACGAUGACUGAAGAUGCCCUCAUCUACUCCUUUUCUCUGAUGUACUCCCCAACACCCAUUGGCAACACUGUUGUUUUGAAGACUAACCCUACUCAGGUGGUAAUAGAAUGCCGCUAUCGAAGGAGGCAUUAUGUGAGCAGCAACGCUGUCGGGCCUACCUGGAAGCCGGUCGCCUUCAACAUGUUGGCGGAACAGCAGCUGCACUUCUCCCUACGCCUCGUGACAGAGGACUGGCAGUCACAGAGGCCUUCCAACAUCUACUUCCUUGGUGACGUGAUGCACAUCGAAGCGGCCGUCCUCCAGGGUCACCAUAUUCCGGUGAGGGUCUACGUGGACAGCUGUGUGGCCACCACCGACCCCGACCCCAGCUCUCAACCCAGAUACCCCUUCAUCACCAACCACGGGUGUUUAAAUGAUGCUAAGCUGACAGGAGCCAAGUCUUACUUCAUGCAGAGGAGCCAGGAGGAUAAACUUCACUUCCAGCUGAAAGCCUUCAGGUUCCACCAAGAUCACAGGAAUUCACUCUACAUCACAUGUCGCCUGAAAGCAACAGCAGUCUCUGUUCCCAUCGACUCGCAACACAAAGUGUGUUCAUUCUUGAUUGAAGCUAAAAGAUGGGUGGCAUCAGGCGGAGACAAUAAGGUGUGUGGCUGCUGUGAGACCAGCUGCGGAGAGCAGAGACAGAAGAGAGGCCUCGCGACAGAUGCUGAGCUUCCUCUAGGUCUGCAGUGGGAGGGGACAGCUGCUCUGGGCCCAAUCCUGCUGGAGGAGAACGUCCUGGAAGAGGAGCUGUCUGAGCCGUCUCUGCUCCGAACGUGUGAAGCGACUCGAGCAGCAUCCUAUUCAUCGAUAGCCCUGCUGUACGGAGCGGGUGCAGCCCUGGCUGUGGUGUUGCUAGUUUUCAUGGGUGCCAUCAUUUGCAGCGGAUUACGCAAACCCACUGCACACGCUGUUUGUACCUAAUUUAAGACAAUAAAACAUUUAAAACCAA